AUGUCGCUCAACGUCAACUUAUCGUCGAGCGCCAUUCGCGACGCUUACGAAAAAGUGCUCGAUGGAGCCAAAGAUUAUCUCGUCCUAACCUACGAAAAAGGUUCCAACGACCUCCGCGUUCAAGUCGUCGAAAACGGCGAUCUCGACGAUCUCAACGAAGAAUUCUCCGAUGGUCGAAUCCAGUAUGCUUUCGCUCGGAUCAAGGACCCCAACACGCAGCUACCUAAAUUUGCGCUGAUCAACUGGUGCGGUGACGGUGUGCCCGAGAACAGGAAAGGUCUUUUUGCAACACACUCCUCUGCGGUAGGGCAGUACUUGAAGGCGUACCAUGUCAGCAUCAAUGCAAGAUCGGAGGCGGAUGUGGACCCGAAGUUGAUCAUGCGUAGGAUUGCUGAGUCGUCAGGUGCAAACUAUUCGGCUGCGGGGAAGGCGGCAAAUACGCAUUCUGGUGGACCGAUUGGGUCGGUGGGUACGAGUUAUAAGCCAAUUGGAACACCUGAUAUCAGAGGGAUGCAGAAGGCGGCUCCGAAGGAUACGAUCGCGCCGGUUGGGACGAACUAUGCGUCCAAGAAGGAUGAGUUGCAGCAGAUUCGAUCCGGUGCUGCGCCAACACCGCAAAUGCCUAGCGCUCCUAGAGUCAAUGCUCCUGCGUUGGACUCGACUCCUGCUGCUCCUGCUGCUCCUGCUGCUCCUGCUGCUCCGGUUGCUCCUACUGCUCCCGCUGCACCCAAACCAGCGGCCAGCAGCUCUCCAUCUAUCACUCCUUCACCUCGUGGAGAUGCUUCAUUGGCAAGCACUACUGCUGCAGCUCCCGCCAAACCAGUCGAAGAUGACCGCAUCCAACCAGUCGGUACAGCCUAUCAGCCCGUCAACCUCGGCAAGCCAGGCAAACUCAACAUGGCCAACCGCUUCCCCUUUGGUAACCAACAGCAGGAAGGCAACUCGACCUCUGCACCAGCUCCUACACCUCGUGCUGCCUCUGGUGGCAAGCUGACUUGGAGUCAGCGUCAAGAAGCAGCUCGUAAGGAGAAGGAGGAGGAGGAAGCGAGAGUCAAGCAGCUUUCUUCUGGUAUGAGGACGGCUAGUUUCGGUACUGGCGGUGCUGCACCUGCUGCUCCUCCCGCUCCUCCCGCACCACCAGCACAGCCAGAAGCGCAAAAGGAAGAAGAAGAAGCUCCACGCGCACCACCUGCUCCUCCUGCACCGCCCGCCGUUCCUGCUGCCGCAGAUCCAGUGCAGGAGACAAGCAAGCAGCUCGAAUCGACCCACAUGUCCAGCACUGGUGCCAGCGCCAGUGAAGGAGGAGGACUGCGCGGUCGGGUAGCAUGGCCCUACGAAGCAGCCGAAGACAACGAAAUCACGCUCGUCGAAGGUGCUAUCAUUUCCAACAUUGAACAGAUCGACGAAGGUUGGUGGUCAGGUGUAGACGAAAAGGGUCAAGAGGGUUUGUUCCCUGCGUCCUACGUCGAGAUCAUUGAGGAUGACGCAGCUCCUGUUGCACCUCCUGCGCCACCCGUACCAGCAGCAGCUACUGAGGUGGAAGAAGAGGAAGAUUCAGUACCACCUCCACCUCCUCCCCCCGCCCCACCUGCCCCACCUGCCCCACCCGCAGCACUCGCAUCUGAAGAAGAAGCCCCACCUGCCCCGCCUGCUCCCCCCGCUGCCGGUGGAGAAGGUUUGGUCUGUACAGCAAUGUACGACUUCGAAGCGUCCGAAGACAACGAACUCUCCUUUGUCGAAGGUGAUACCAUCAUCAACGUAGAUGAUAAGAUCAGCGAUGAUUGGUGGAGCGGCACCAAUCAGCGUACCGGUAGUCAAGGUUUGUUUCCUUCAAAUUACGUUGAAAGGGCCUAA